AUGUCGAUCAAGAUGGCGCUGACCCAUCUACCGUGCGGAGACUGUGCCUACGCGUUGCCAUGGCCGAGUCCUCGAUCAAUCACAGCGAAGACGGAGAUGACACGAGAGGCUUUGCAGCCGUCGAAGCCGAGCUUUGGUGCUAAUUAUCCUGUGGGGCUUUUUCCUGUCCUUGUCGUCCAUAUCGUCCUCCGCCAAAACAAGCAUGAACUGAUCGUCUACAAGACUGGUCUCUCAGUGCAGGACCGAACCCUGGGUAGUGGCAUGGCCGACCAGCCGACGUGCUCGAUUUCAGAGCCGGCUGAUGCCAAGCGACAUGAGUCGGCAGUGUACAGACUGCCUCCAUUGUGA